CGUUUAAACCGUUGAUUUGGACUUGCAGGGAGGCGUGCGCCAUGUCGUUUUGCCGGCGAGACCACGAACCGAAGAUGUGGCGGGCGUCCUUCCGCGGCGGCAGCGACGUCGUCAUCGUAUGUAUCCAAUCCUCGCUCCGUCCAGCUUCAAUGUAACACUGGAGCCUUCCUUCCGGGUGCGCAGAUCGAGCUUCGCUUCUUGCCCGGCGCCCGCCUUCCUCCACCGAUGAAGUCCCUCCGCCUUGCCCUUCCCCGGCCGGAGAUUUACGGAACCCUAACCAGUUCAGAGAUCGGACACAGGAUCGUGCGAAUCGCUUCCUUCGCGCCCGUGAAGGCGAGCUCCGACGCCGAGGUCACCUCGGUCUCGUGUUCUGACAUUGCUCCCGUUCCCGAGGCCCGACCUAGCCUGCGUAGGACGCCACUGCUGGCUUCGCGGGGAGGGAUCGACGACGUGGAGGAGAAGAUCGAAAAGGUAAUCUACAAGUGCCGGUUCUUUGCGUUCCUUGCUGUGGCUGGUUCUCUGAUGGGUUCCGUAAUUUGUUUUAUCAAGGGUUGCACGUAUGUGAUCGAUUCUUUCAGAGAAUAUUUUGUGAGUGGUGGGAAGGUGAUUCUGAUGUUGGUUGAAGCCAUUGAUGUUUAUCUUGUAGGGACCGUGAUGCUUGUCUUUGGAAUGGGUCUGUAUGAGCUCUUCAUCAGUAAUCUUGACAUAGCAAAGAUGUCAUCCCAUGGAUCAAACCUUCUUGGCUUAUUUAAACUUAUGGAGCGUCCAAGAUGGUUGGAGAUUCAGUCUGUUAACGAAUUGAAAACUAAGCUGGGCCAUGUCAUUGUGAUGGUGCUAUUGGUUGGAAUGUUUGAAAAGAGCAAGAAGGUGACAAUAUCUACUCCAACAGAUUUGUUAUACUUCGCAGCAUCUAUUCUACUGUCUUCAGGCUGCCUUUAUCUUCUUUCCAAGCUUCAAUCUACCAAACGAAGUUAGCAUGACUGAGAUAACAAUUUGAAAUGUAUCCCACUAUCUUCUGCUGCAAGACUAACUAACAUUUCUCUAGCAGAUACUUGAUUACUCACAGACAUGACUCUCACGUACAUAUUGGUUAUUAAGCACAUUUAGUUAAGACACGUUAGUAAGUGCAUCGUGUUGUGUUAUCUUCCUCUGUAAAUUUUGGGUUGGUUUCCAAGAAUAUAGCAUUUAGUGGUUUAUACCUUUAAAUUUUC